AUGCGCAUACUGUGGCAACGAGACUGGCCACGUCCGCUACUAAUUUUUAUUUUGUUUCGGUUAUCUCUUUGCCAUCUUCGACAUAUCUCGCCUUUUGAACUAACUAUUAAUUCUGGAGCAAUUCGAGGAGAACGCGUAGUUAUAAAAGGAGAGGAUUAUACAGUAUUCAAAGGCAUCCCAUACGCAAUGCCGCCCGUAGGAUAUCUCCGUUUUCAGAUGCCGAAGGAACCAGCUAAAUGGAGAGGUGUGAUGAAUGCCACGCAAUUCAGUGCACUAUGUGUGCAACGAAUGGAUUCGCUUGCUACCGAUCCAGAAAGGCACACGGCUCAUUUUUCUGAGGACUGUUUGUACUUGAAUGUAUUCUCUCCUACUCCAUACCAGUAUACAAACGACACUUAUCCCGUCGUAGUGUUCAUACACGGCGGAGAUUUCCAAUCUGGUGGAGGUAGUGACUACCCGCAACAAGCAAUUCUUGACAAUUUUGUGUCGCGCAAAAUCAUCUUCGUUACGUUCAACUAUCGACUCGGACCGCUUGGUUUCUUAUCAACUGGUGACAAAAUUCUUCCAGGAAAUGUUGGACUGUGGGAUCAGAUAUGGGCACUGAAAUGGGUUAAAACCAACGCUGAAGUUUUUGGAGGAGAUCCCAAGAACAUUCUAGUGAUGGGCUCAGGAAGCGGUGCUGCUUGUGCCUCAAUUCUUGCAUUGUCUCCCAGAACAGAAGGGAAGUUCGUUGUGCGUGCGUUCCUGCUUGGUGACAUGAAUCAACGAACAACUGCAGUUCGAACACCAGUCGGAUAUACAACACCGUUUGAGGUGGUAACUGUAGUAAGACAAGGGGCAGUGGCCAGACCCUUGACCGAUCUUGAGUACACUGACAAUAUUGUGAUAUUCGCGGUGAGCUACAGGAAACCUCAACACGUUAUCAAAGCUAUCUUCAGCCUAUGGAUUACGCCCGCAUUCUGA